ACAGAGAGGCGGGGAUAACGGGAAAGUACACGGAAGCCAGCCAAAGGGGGAAGUGCUCACUUUCGCUUUCAGCUCAGCUUUUCUGCUGCUGAAGGCAGGGAAGAAGCAGCAGCGAACCAGUUGGGAUCUGCAGGAGAUCAUCGUCGGCCAUGGCACCUAUCUGUGGCCUUCUGACCCAGUCGAAGCAACCAGUGCCUUUAAAAAAUAUCUCUGUGGAUGUGUUGGUCCAGGGCUUCAUAGCCGAUGUGGCGUCUGAGCUUCAGUACAAGAAUGAGGAGAAGAACCCAGUGGAAGCUGUCUUUGUCUUUCCUCUGGAAGAUGAGGCUGCUGUAUAUGCCUUUGAGGGUGUGAUUGGAGGGACACGCAUUGAAGCCCAGAUCCGAGAGAAGAAGCAGGCAGAGCAAGAAUAUGAGGAUGCCUUGAGCGAAGGCCGUGAGGCUUUCCUACUCGGAAGGGAAGAACACACCAGUGACAUUUUCACCAUCAGUCUGGGGAAUCUUCCUCCCGAUGGGGAAGCCACACUGAAGAUGCGCUAUGUCCAAGCUUUAGCUCCAGAACCUGAUGGAGCCAUCCGCUUUGUCCUGCCUGCUGUUCUGAACCCUCGCUAUGUACCACGAGGAUCAGAAGGAGACAGUGUCACCAAGAGUGUACCACGGGUGCCCAAAGGACAACUUCCCUACACACUUCAUUUAAAUGCCACAGUGGAGUCCACCUAUGGCAUCAAUCGUGUGGAAUCAAAAUGCACCCUUGACCAACUCCACUACAUUCGAGAGGACCGGACCAGUGCCCAGGUCUCCUUGGUUGAAGGGCACCAAUUUGACCGAGAUGUGGAGCUCCUGAUUUAUUAUGAGGAUGUUCACAAGCCCAGUGCCUUCCUUGAAGCAGGAAAAGCUGGAGUUGCCCCUGGUUUGCUGAUGGGGGAUCCAGCACUUUUGCUUACCUUGUACCCCAAUGUCACAACCACCAAGACAGGUCAGAAUGCUACUGGGGAAUUCAUCUUCCUGUUAGAUCGUUCUGGCAGCAUGGAUUGCAAUACUGGCCAUAGCCCUGAUUCACCACCGCGCAUCCAGAGUGCUAAGGAGACCCUGAUCCUCCUUCUGAAAAGUCUGCCUUUGGGAUGUUACUUCAACAUCUAUGGUUUUGGAUCACACCAUGAUUCAUUCUACCCGCAGAGUGUAGAAUACACCCAACAGACUAUGACGGAAUCCCUGGAGCGUGUCAAGGAGCUGCAGGCUGAUUUGGGGGGGACAGAGAUCCUAGAGCCUCUGAAGGCUAUUUACGGCCAGUCCUGCCGUGAAGGACAUCCUCGGCAGCUUUUUUUGUUCACUGAUGGUGAGGUCCACAAUACAGAUGAGGUCAUAGCUGAAGUUAAACGUCACAGCGGCUCCCACAGGUGCUUCUCUUUUGGAAUUGGUGAAGGAGCCUCCACUGCCCUCAUCAAAGGAGUGGCUCGAGCAGCCGGUGGAAGCGCAGAGUUCAUCACAGGCAAGGAGCGCAUGCAAGCCAAGGCAAUGCAGUCAUUGAAGAAAGCCCUUCAGCCAGCAGUGACAAAGAUUUCUCUCAAUUGGGACUUACCUCCUGGUCUCGAGGCUGUGCUUGUGGGAUCUGGCCCUCAGGUCAUUUUCCAGGGACAGCGGUGCCUCAUCUAUGCUCAGAUUCGUGGACAGCAUCAGUCUUCACACUCCACAGAAGGUACUGCUGUCCUUCAUUAUGCUUUCCAAGAUCAGACUUUCAUGGAGAAGGCAACAUUCUCACUCCACGCUUUGGAAAAGGAUAGGCUCCUUAUUCACCGACUGGCUGCUCAGACUCUGUUGCAGGAACUGGAGGGAGCUGGGGAGUUGGAGGAGGAAAAGAAACGCCUGGCACUGGAGACAAGCCUGAAUUCUGGGGUGGUGUGUUCACAGACAGCCUAUGUUGGUGUCAACACAGAACUGGGCAAACCGAUUCAAGGGCCUUUGAUCCAUCGAAAUAUACCAAUAUCAAUGGGAUAUAGAGGUUUUCAUUCUGGACCACCUGGUGCUCUAGCAUGCCCUCAAAUGAUGUUAAUGUCUUCAAUGCCAGCAGCAGGAGUAUGCUAUAAAGCCCAAGCAAAGCGCAAGAUUCGUAGUACACAGCUUCAUAUGUUGCCGAGUCCAAAAAUGGCAUUGCAUCGAGGAGUUUUAUCGAGCGACGCUGGGCAGCCACAGCAGGAUGGUGGAGCAGUAGAAAAAGAAUCACCACUCUUGAACAUGGUCUCCCUGCAGAAUGCUGAUGGGUCUUGGCCGCUUGAUUCUGGGUUAGCCCACAUUCUAGGCCAGAGCGAGACCAAAUUGAAAAAAACACCUUCUCAGGUGUCUCCUAAUGUGUGGGCAACAGUGUUGGCCAUCCUGUGGCUCCAUUCCAAGGCUUUGGAGCAGAGGGAUGAGUGGGAACUACUGGAAGCAAAAGCUCUCAGUUGGCUGAAGGCGACUUCAGGGCCUCAGUUGGUUGAAUGUAUAAAGGCUGGCAAUGCUCUUUUGGGAACCAGUGUCAGCCCCCAGGUGUUUGGGCUCUGAAGUUGCAGAAUGAGCUGGACUUCCUGCUUCUCGCCUAUAUUUGUGUCAAAUUAUCCCCUGCUGAUUCCUCCUGGGUGGGUAGUUCCUUCUGGUGCCCAGUGUCUUAAUGGCAAAAGUCCUGAAAUUUCUUCUCUUUAAUAGAGGCCUUAGCUUGAUGGCUCUGCAUGGUUCCUCAUAUCCCAGUGCCUUGGGCAAGAAAAACCAAAGAAACAUGCAAUUGUGUUGUUGAAGGCUUUCAUGGCCAGAAUCACUGGGUUGCUGUGAGUUUUCCAAGCUGUAUGGCCAUGUUCCAGAAGCAUUUUCUCCUUACGUUUCUCCCACAUGUGAUUAAUAGUACCCAUUAAAAAGAGUACAGUACAAUCAAUCCUCCAUAGCCACAGAUUCCACCAACCAUAGCUUGAAAAUAUUCCCCAAAAAAUCUAAAAAGCAAACAUUGAUUUUGCCCCAGACACCAUUUUAUUAUGUCUUUGUAUAUAACAUGGGAAGACCUGGAACCAAACCCCAGUAGAUGCCAAGGGCCCACUGUACAUGCUUUCUUCUGAAUACAAAUUUACAAUCCAGAAAAAAGUAUCAGUACAAGCAUUUUAUAUUUAGUCCUAACUUCUCUUGAAAUGAUCUUAAAUGAUUUGUCUGAAGCAUUCUUGUAACCCAAAGCAUAUAACAUUAACCGUACCAGUGCACUGUGCCUUAAUCUUCUGUGUUAUUUGCUUACAGAGAUGAGGGAUAAUAAAUUGCAAUUCAUGUA